ACAUUGCUUGCUUCCAUCGUCCUCGUCGCCUCGUCGGCGCAACCCCAUUCCUUGUUGCGUCGCUCGUCAUCGUCGGCUCAUCGCCGUGCCGAUGGCGGACGCCGCCGACAGCAGCAUGGCGCUGGUGCAUUCAAGCCUGGCAGACUCCGUGCUGACGUCGCCGCGGACGUUGAGGCAGGGGCAGAAGUGGGAGGUGGAGUAUGCGCGCUACUUCGGUACGCCGCGGCGGGACCCCACCGCGGCUCCACCAUCAGGGCUCCGCUACAUCAUGCGGGGCGUCCACCGCCACCAGGGAACCUGGAUCCCCGCCUCAUGCCCCGCUUCUCUCUGCGUCUGCCACCCUAGCCUCCCCUCCGCGGUCCCCGUCCUCACCAUCUCCAUCGGCGACGUCGUCUUCGAGGAGCACUUUGUGUCGAUUCUCAACUUCUCUUGGCCUCAGGUUACUUGUGUGACGCAGUGCCCCAUCAGAGGUAGCAGGGUGGUAUUCGUGAGCUUCUGUGAUAAGUUUAAACAGAUCCAGAAGUUUGCUGUACGUUUCCCACAGCCCUGUGACGCAGAAUCGUUCUUAAGUUGUGUGGAAUGCUCAUGCGGAAGCAGCGGAACCAUGGACAUCAUACCAUUUGGAAGUGAUUAUGUGUGUGAAGAUUCAUCAGCAUCUGAAUAUAUUGUUUCUAAUGGACUUCAUCACAGGCUGGAUGAUGCUUCAAACCUUGAGGAGCAAUGUUUUGACCACACAAUAGAUGAACCACCAAUGAACUACCACGAGGAAACAGACCAGCAUGUUCUUGAACCUCUCAGUGCUAGCAACACUAGUAACAACUCUGCUUUCCCUCCUAGUUUCAACCAAAUGCUGAAAAGUUGUUCAAUUGAUUAUGACCAAGAGGAACCCUGUCCAUUGGCUGCAUCAAACCAUGUCCUUCAAGAGGUGUAUGUGCUGGAUACUUCUCAUGAUGUUGCCAAUGAAGAAAGGACUGCUGGUAAAGGAAUGGAUGCUGCUGAAGGAGUUGAUGCCAGUAUAUUAACAUAUGACCUAAUGGCACGGAUAAAGACAUAUAUGGCUGAUGAAUCCUUUAAUGAUAUGUUGCUCAAGCUUGAUAAAGCCAUUGAUGAACUUGGUGGUGACAUGUCGCUGUAGAUAGCAAAACCUCUUCUGCGGUGAAGGAAUGCAGGCGUGCUUCGUGGCACCCUACAGCACAUUUCUCAAAAGUUCAGAUUGUGAAGCAACAGUAUAGUUACAUAUGGUUAUACAUAGUAGAUAGAUAGUGUCUAUAUAGAUUACGUGCAAAGAUAAAAAUUCAGUACUAUCCACUGCUUUUUGCCAAUAAUUUACAAUACAUGCAAAGUUCAAAAUACAGACAUUUUGCAACCAUGCUCAUGUUUAUCUAGAUGAUUAAACAGUAGCAGGUUCUUUCAUUGCUAAAUGCUUGGCAACAGGUGAUCACACAUGCGAAAGAACUGCCUCAGAGUACUCCCAACUAUAUCCAAGCUGCUGUAAGUACCUUUGUUGAUGCACAUGCACCUUUAUGGAAAGGAAAAGUAUGGUCCUUACA